AUGGUGGUCAAAAUAGCAACUCAAGUGGCAAACAGUGCAAAAAAGGAAGACAGUUUAGCGAAUUUAUUGGGGGAUUUCGGAAAAUGGCAGCUUAUAGUUUUCGCUUCAGUGUCUCUAGUGAAACUGAGUUCAGGAUGGGUGCAAAUGGCAAUACUUUUCCUGACCCCGAACCUUACAUUCCGAUGUGCGGAUUUGGCAAAUUACACCGAGGAGAUAAUGAACAAUACUUGUUAUAAAGGAUGUGGUAAAUAUGAAUAUGACACAAGUCCCUUUGACAACACUAUUGUAUCUGAAUGGGACCUCAUCUGUGAGCGGCGAUGGCUCGCCAGCUUCAACCAGACGGUGUUACAAGUCGGUAUCCUGAUUGGCAGUACCAUAUUUGGAUUUUUGUCUGACAGGUAUGGCCGCAAAAAAUCAUUCUUGGUGGCAAUUUCCACCCUGAUCAUCUUCGGUCUGGCGAUGCCAUUCUCGCCAAACUACUUAGUGUUCACGAUACUGCGGUUCCUGACUGGUCUGGCGACGUCUGGCACCAUGGUGGUGUCUUUUGUGAUGGUCAUGGAAGCGGUGGGCCCAAGGUACCGAGAGGUCACUGGGUGCUUGUUCCAGAUACCUUUUAUUAUUGGUCACAUGACGAUACCACUCUUCGCGUACUACUUCAGGAGUUGGAACACCUACCUGCUGGCGCUGGGGAUCCCUCCCCUGAUCUACUUGGGCUACUUCUUCGUGCUGCACGAGUCUCCACGGUGGCUGGUCAGCGUUGGGAGAGUCAAGGAAGCCACUGACAUAGUCACCAGAGCUUGUAUCUUAAAUGACAGACCAACAGCAAAAGUCGAGGAGACUCUCACACAAAUGUCGAAGGAGAUCGCUGCUAAAGCUGACGAACCCAAGCCUAAUUACCUGGACCUGUUCAAGAAGUUCCUGCUGUUGAAGACAGUCUGUUGCUGCAUCAUGUGGGUGAUUACCGGCAUCAUCUUCUUUGGCUUCAACCAGUACAUCAGUCAAACCAGUCCGGAUCCGUUCAUCAGUGUUGCUUUGGCUGGUGCUAUACAGGUCCCCUCCAACCUACUCUCAAUCUGGCUCAUCAAGAAAUUCGGCCGAAGACUGACCGCCUCCAUCUCCUUCAUCAUGCAAGGAGUCUUCAUCUUGGUCCUUUACUUUGUACCUAAGAUCUUCGCUGUGACCCUCAUCAUUGGCACUUUGGGAGUCAGCUGUUCUGCCAUCGCUGCUUCUACCAUCUACAUUUAUACUUCAGAGCUUUACCCAACUGUGCUCAGGAAUAUGGGGAUGGGAGCUUGCUCCACUGCAAUGAGGAUAGGUUCCAUGGCUGCUCCCUUUAUCUCCAACACAUCGACAACUAUACCUUGGUUACCUACGGCCAUUUUUGGAACAACACCGGUAUUAGCUGGCCUGGUGGCUCUCUUGUUGCCAGAGACCAAAGGCAGGAGUCUACCUGAUAGCAUUGAGGAUGUACGAACGACUGAUUCAGACUGA